UUAGCCAGAAAGAAACACUUUCAUUGACAAAGAUAUUGUUGUUUCUUGCAGGACUGUGCUUCUCUGUUGCCCAGACUGAUGAAGAGAUGCUGACACAGGUUGUUGGAGAACCCGUCACUUUUCCAUUUUCAAUAGACAGUGGUGGCUCUGUAUUAUAUAACCAUGUUAUUAUAGCUGAGGUGGUUAAAGGAACCAUGGACCCCUAUGAAGGCAGUUUCAAAGACAGAAUUCAGUGGGACCAACAGACUGGACAGUUCACCAUCAAAGAUCUAACAACCAGUGAUUCAGGGAUGUAUGUUGUGUAUAAACAGGGAGCUGUCUGGACAUCAUAUCAACUCACUGUGUUUGAACCUGUAUCCAGGCCCAUGUUGACAACAGCAGGUAAUCAGAGCUGUUCAGUGGAGUGUUCUGUAAUGAAUGGAAGAGAUGUGACCCUUUCCUGGUACAGUGGAGAGGAGAUAAUCCACAAGACCAGUAGCCCUGACCUUUCCAUCAAGCUCUCUCUCCCUUUGGAGGUGGACAAACAGGACAGAACCUCUUAUAGAUGUGAGGCUGCCAACCCUGUUACCAAGGAGAAUGUGACGUUUAAUGUCCCAGAGUCCUGCUUAGAGCUUGAGGUGUCAGCCUCUCCUCUAACAGCCUCCAUCAUCAGAGACAUAUUAGUGGCACUCAUCAGACUGACAGCCAUUAUCACUUUGUACCUAUACUACAAGAUGAAAAGGAUGCAGAAGAGAGUGACCAGGGAGAACAGCAGAGACUCUCCAGUCUCCAGAGAUAAAGCUGAGCCAUGAGGUCACACUGAAUCCAGGGAGAAGGAAUGAAAUAAUGUUGACCCUACAGGAUGAAUUUGGUCUGUUUUGUGUUUUUACCCAAUAAAACAUUUUUACAAUGUACACUCACCUAAAGGAU